AUGCCGCCCGAAAUAGCAGACUCGGAUGCCGAAUCCGACCUCAUUUCGCCUGUGAAGCAAUCCAUCAUUCAAAACGGUGGAGUUGAAACGGCCGCAAACCCAAGCCAAUUCUCGCUCACCGGUUACGAUUUCGGUCAAUACUUAGAUCCUAACCAGAGAUUGUCGUCCCUCUCUCCACGUAUCGAUAACGGUGUUGAAGGCAUAUCCGAGGGCUAUGCGAAUCAUCCAAAUCGUACGUCUGAGCACUUGGAUGAAAGUGCGCUCAACAAUGCUCCGAUCCGUGCUGGGGAAAUCUCGCCUGCGGUUCGGUCAAAGAAGAGAGCCCACAGCACUUUGCAAGACACCUCGAAUAAUUUAGGGACCGAUAUUGCUGAGGAAUUCUCGAAACCCAAAAGAUCCAAGACGUACGGAUCGUCCAGAUCUCGCGCAGUGGAGGAUAUCGAUUUGUCCGCCAUGCCUGUAGACGUUACGCCAGAGGUUGGGAAAUUUGAUUCAGCCCGUCCAACACGAAGCCAAAGAGACCACUCCGUAUCAAAUGUGGGACAGUCUUCAACAGAAAUGCAGCUGCAUGGUUCGACGACUCUUCGACAUUCGAAUAGUGGAAUUGGCCUUACGGGACAAUCUCUCAGCGACGCAACGCAUCGACUAACUACCACGGUGGCUUCUAUGGGGCGAUAUGAGUCAAUCACUCUAGAUUUCCGGGGUUCAGGCCAAGGACUAGACAUCACUGCCAACCCCUUCGGAUCGUUGAGUCAGGUGUCUUUGGAUGAAGACCCAAAACCAGCUGAAACUGAAAGAUUUGUGAGCAUGUUCCGACCUCACGACGACUUAUUGAACCUAGAGAAUGCCAAUCAUUCUCUCGUAUCAAACGAGACUCCGCAACACUUACCUUUAUCUGCCCUUUCGCAGUCUUCGCCGGACCGACCUUCAGCCGUCGAUCCUUCUCGCCUUAUGUGGAAUGACGGAGCCACACUUGAAACAGCAGCUGGCGGCGAACUGCAGGAAGGUGCAACCACAACAAACAGACCUGACACGGAUGGCCCUUCGGAGAGUGUUCUGACAAAUCCAGACCAAAUCCAACCAGAAAAGGGCGGACGAAAAGCGAAGAACUCCAGGAUUCCUUCACUGUCUCCAGCGCCUGGCGUAGUGGAAGAUUUUGGCGAUCUCGCAUUAGCAAAUCUACCUCGUCCGGACGGAUCCCGACAAGGGACUAUAGACCCUGUAUCUCAAGCCUCCCAAGCGUCGGCCAUCAACAACACCACUAAGAAACGAAAGAGACGGAAAUCAAAACAAGGAGUUGAAGAGGAGGACUCGGCAAUAAAGCCUAUUGAAACCUCUCCCGUUAAACAACCAACAAGCGAGCUCAACCUUGGCGAUGAAGCAUUGAUAGGGUUACCGAAGGAAUCAUAUAAACCCCGUCCGAGUCGGUCCCGGUCCAAGAAGAUGGUGGAGGAGGAGACAACCAUCUUCCCUCCUUCGCUCUCAGAAACCGAGCAUGACACGUCAGCCACCCAGAAGAAUGCAGGCCUCCCAGAACCUCAAGAGCACACGCUUUCGGCGGGCCCAUCGAAGACCGGUGCAAAGAAAUCAGGCCGAAAAAGCAAAGUCAAGCGCGCAAAGACCUCUGCUGCAGCCUUGCUCAAAAAGGCCGACCCAAUGAUCAGCGAGGGGGAGGAAGAUGUGGUUUGGAUGGAUGCAAAACCAGCACCUGUGAAAUUGGACUUGCCGCCAGAUGUUAAGGUGCUGAAAGAGGAAGCUGAAAUUCCUGAGGAAGAAGGCCGAGAGGUCGAGGCUAGCAAUACACACCUUAAAGGAGAUAAUGCAAAUAACAGCAAAAUUACGAUCGGAAUACCACCGGCCGCAGAGACAAAGGACGUUAAGAGCGAACCAAAGAAACGGGGCCGGAAACCAAAGAAAGUCCAACAAAAACCCGAACAGGAAUCCGAUGAAGCAGAGGAAGAUCCAGAUUUAAAUGCUCGACCAGCUCUUACGGAGAAGUCACCGAACAUGGCCGACGUGGUCCAACAAGCACCCGCUGACGCAGAUUCCAGAGGACCGACGACAACACCAGCUCCUUCGUCUCCCGAAGCUCCACCCGAUCAAAAGUAUCCAGAGAAAGAAAACGCCACUGCUUCAAUCACAACGCCCUCCAAACUCUCCCCGCCGCCCAAAAAAGGACCCACAAAACACUCGCCCAUCAGCUCACUUGCUGGAUCAAAUGGGAAGAAAAUCAUCUAUCGCAUCGGUCUGUCCCGACGGCAGAACAUUCCAAGCCUUCUACGCAAAGUGCAGCGAGACAAACCGCCACCAAAGAUCGUCAUUCGAAAAGAAAAGGAAAACAAGAAGAACAAGGAGGUGGUUGGGGAUGGAGAUUUCGAUGGGGAAGAUGAGAAUGGGGAUGGCGAAGGCGGGAGUAGAGGCGAGUUGAGAGGCCCGGAUGGCAUGUUGACUGAAUGGGAUGAUUGA